AUGUCCUCCAAUAGGUACCAGGGUAAAAGUUUAACUCCUCUGAAUCCUCACCGGUAUUUGGCGAUAUCAGUAAGCUAUUUUUCCAUAAGAAAGUCCAGACAACGGGCAGUAAUGGCUGCACCAAAUAGUUAUAAACAAAACACAUCGAUGUCGAUGCCAAGCCCUCAGAGCAAUCCGCACUACAUGAUUGCGGGACCCCCAAUGAGUUUCGGUAUGAUGAAAGGCGGUAUGAAUGCACCGCCGCCGCAUCAUAACCAAUACCAGUACCACCCGCAAUACCAAGGUGGUCCUUCGCUGGGCCACCCGGGAGGUUACGGGUGGCCGCAGAGUCCCCAGCAACGUUUCGGUGCAGAGGGCGCGCGGCGAACUGCUUCUGGUGCGGGAGGUGCCCAAUCCGGCCAGACCGCCAAAGAUGAUAAGACAAGUCCCUUCGUUUCAACUGUGCAUUCACAUCCUGGAUUUCAGCCUCAGAAGAUCGGCAAAGGUGCUGGGGUGGGUGCUGGUCUGCCGAAACCACCGAAACCACCAGAAAAGCCUUUAAUGCCCUACAUGAGAUACUCCCGUCGUGUCUGGGACUCUGUAAAGGCAGCACAUCCAGAUCUAAAGCUGUGGGGAAAUUGGAAGAAUCAUUGGAGGCAGAUGGCGUGA